AAGCAGGGCAAUGCUGUUCGAUUGGACAUUGUCUGAGUUGGGUGUUCCAGAUAAAGGUAAAGUUUGUGUACAAUGUACAAAUUGUGAGGCAAGCAUCAAAUGUGAAGACUGUUUUGCAUUUUUGUGUCACAUUUGUGACCAAAUGCAACAUUUUCUCAUGCCUUUCCACCACAGAUUAUAUUGGAAAAAUGGCUUUUAUGAGCCAUUAGACCCGACACAAACUGUGUGCCCUGAAGGAAAUAUCUUUCACUGGAAACCUGUUGUACCAGCCCAACCACCAAAUUCUUGCCCCUACUGCACAGAUUGCAAGUUUAAAAUUUCAAGCUCCAGCAAUCUCUGCAUCUUCAACACUAUAAUGGGAAGGUAUGACCUCUAUACUCCAAUCUAUACAUGCCACUGUGGAUAUGAGCAUCAACAACUAGGCAAGACCAUGCACAAGUCUGGUUUCUAUUCAUCAUUAGGAAAGAGCAGCACAUUCUACAGCACCAGUCUGCUUGAAUCAUGGCACCAUAUAAAAAGAAAUUGUCCCGGAACAUCAUUUCGGGCAUUAGUCACUGCACUGGAAUCCUUUGGUGCUUCUCGUGGGCGUGUAUGUUUUGAUACCGUUAUUCUUAAUAUUUUCAGUUUUAUAUUUCAAUACAAAAAUUAUCAAAAUUUUGUAGUAAUGUAUAUUCAUUUAUUAAUAAUUAGUUUUUAAUUUUGUUCAAACACAAAAUGGAAUGUUUUUUUUGUUUAUUUAUCUUAUGUCAUAAUAUGCAUUUUAAAUGUCACCAUCUAAAAAAU